UUUUCGUGUCAUUUCCCUUUCACCACCUCUUGUUUUUUACUGCUUCAUCGGAGCAAAACUGGUUGCCUGAUCUUUUUUUACGAUAUAUACAAAAUAUCAGUAGAUUAUUCUUCCUCCUUCGCUUUGAUUUAUUGAAUUUUUCCUUACUUAGGGGUGCUUCUUCUGAGCAGAAAUAAUUCUUGUAGCAUUUCAUUUAUGGUGCUUGUCCUUUUGCUCUCAGAAUGAGCAGUGCUUUUAGUUCAAUUGGCCAGCUUGCUGCAAAGAAAUUCUCCUUUUUCUGGAUGACUUUGAUUCUAAAUUAGACACCUGAUAAAUCAUGAAGAACAGUUCAAUUGUUUGACUAUGGCUAGAUUUGAUCUUCCCCUCGAUGUAAAUUCUAUGAUUCUCAUGGUUGCAACAAAGAUAGAACUGUUGACAUUAAUCCUCCUGCCGGGAUGGAAUAAUGCCACAAUAAAGGGUGGAAUAAAUUGCGAGGGCAGAGUGUUCGAUUAGGUUUCUGAUGAAGAUGCAUCAGCUUUUUCAUGAUUGCUGCUCUGCCUUGAGGGCGUUUCAUGCAAGCAGCGAGCCAGCGACUGUGCGCGUUCUCUAUUUGCUGUUCCAAAGAGUGCAAUGAAUGACACUAAAUAGGCGGCGCUGUUCGAGAUGAGGAGCGGCGUCGGCGGCCGAUGAAGGAGAGGCAGCGGUGGCGGGCAGAGGAGGACGCGAUCUUGUGCGCCUACGUGAAGCAGUACGGGCCGCGGGAGUGGCACCUGGUGGCGCAGCGCAUGAACGCGGCGCUGCACAGGGACGCCAAGUCGUGCCACGAGCGCUGGAAGAACUACCUCCGGCCGGGGGUGAAGAAGGGCGCGCUCACCGACGAGGAGCAGCGCCUCGUGAUCCGGCUGCAGGCGCAGUACGGGAACAAGUGGAAGAAGAUCGCCGCUGAGGUGCCCGGGCGCACCGCCAAGCGACUGGGCAAGUGGUGGGAGGUCUUUAAGGAGCAGCAGCACCGAGUCCUGCAGCGCCAGUCCGGCGGUUGCGCCGCCGUGGAGCCCGGCAAGUACGACAGCAUCCUCGAGAGUUUCGCCGAGAAGCUCGUGGAGCAGGAGCAGCAGCAUCACCACCACUUCUACCGCCGACACACCCAGCUGAUGGCCACGCCGCUGCUUCCGGCGUGGCUUUCCAGUAACAAUGGUGGGGCACGCCCGCGGCCGCCGCCCCCGUCGGUGGCCCUCACCCUCUCGCCGGCCACUGCCGCGGCCCCAGCGCGAGCACCUUGGCAGCUGCAGGCCCCGCCCGAAGCAGUAAACUUUGAGAGCGGCUCCUCGCCCUUCGCCGCCGCUGGAUUCACCGUCGGCGGGCGCGUGGUGGCGGAGCUGGUUGAGUGCUGCAAGGAAUUGGAGGAAGGGCACCGCGCGUGGGCGGCGCAGAAGAAGGAGGCCGAUUGGCGGCUGAAGCGCGUGGAGCUGCAGCUGGAGGCAGAGAUGGCAGCCAAGCGGCGGGAGAAGAUGGAGGAGAUGGAGGCCAAGAUGCGGGCUUUGCGGGAGGAGCAGCAGGCGGCGAUGGAGCGGAUCGAGGCAGACUACAAGGACCAGAUCGCUGGGCUCAGGCGCGACGCCGAAGCCAAGGAGCAGAAGCUGGCCGACGCGUGGGCUGCAAAGCACGUUCGACUCAGCAACUUUCUCGAUCAAUUUGGCUGCCGACGGUGGCUGCCGGAGAUCAAUGGCCGGUAAAAAUAAAAAUCUCAAACAUCACGCACCAAAUUGGGUGCCCGACGGUGGCCGCCGUCGGAGAUCAUCGGACGGUGGCAAAUGCAUGGACUAAGACUGCCAUCGACGAUCGAUCGACUCAUUCUCUCUUGUUGCCGUAGUUUCAACCAAGUGUCGUUAAUUUGUUGUAGUAUCGUAUAGUGAAUCAUUGUGCUCACGUUCUUGCACUGCAUUGUAUCAACUGUAUUUUUCAUACUAUCAAACAAUGACCCUUUAGACCA